CGGCGUUCGCGAUAACCCUCGAUAAAUCGAUAACGGCCCGUAAAGAACUUCUCGAGCACAACCGCUACCAAUAUAUAUACCAGUACUUAGUACACUCUAUCUCAUAGAUACCCAGUUCGAACGCAAUGGCGAACAACCUUCUUCAAAGUCCACAUGCAAGUGCCGUUCCUUUUUCUCGGCCCCCGACUCCUGGAGUACACCCUCUUCAAGUCGGCUUCUGUGGCCUUGGGUCUAUGGGCUACUUCAUGGCCCGAAAUCUAGCUACCUCCUUUAAAUCUCAACUACCGCCUCUCAUCGUGUACAACAGAACUGUGGAAAAGUCUCAAAAGCUCCUCGCAGAACUUGGCGCAUCCACCGUCAAAGUCGUUAACACUCUCGACCAGCUGGUUACAGAGUGCGAUAUUAUUUUCACUAAUCUCGCGAACGACGCCGCAGUAACGAGUGUCUAUAACGAGUUUGCGAAGGCUCUUGCCCAAUCACCUCCGACCAAGGUCAAAAUCUUUGUUGAGAUGAGCACGGUAGGCCUGAUAUCCGCUUCUGAUUUUCGCGAUCUUGAUAGACUGUUGUCGAGCUAUCCGCAUACCCACUUUGUCACUUCACCUAUCUUUGGACCUCCCCCAGGGGCAGAUAAGGCCACACUUGUGAUUGCAAUGAGUGGAGACUACCGAUCCAAGAAGGAAGUCGCUUUUCUCCUUGUCCCUGCAGUAGGGCCGCAAGAAAAAGCUCCGACACUGAAGUUGAUCGGUAAUGGUAUGAUCAUGGGUAUGAAUGAGCUCCUCGCCGAAACUCUGACGCUCGGAGAAAAGUCUGGCAUCGGACAGCAGACUGUAUAUGAUCUGCUGAUGCGUGUCAAUAGUUUAGUGGCCUAUGGUCACAAGAUGGUCAACGACUUGUUUGACGGCUCCAUAGGGUUUGCCUUAGAUGGUGGAAUAAAAGAUGCCAAUCACAUCCGCCGCCUGUCUGCGGAGCUGAACUGCCCGAUGCCUGCAGUUGAUAACGCGCAUCGUUCCCUGAUCGGCGCCCGGGCGAUGCACCAGGCACAAAUAGUUGCAGGGACACAGCAGUGGGACGUCUUAGACUGGAGUUCAUUGAUUGCAAGCAGCCGAGUUGGUGCUGGAUUGAAUCCAUUCGACAGCAAGAAGGGAACAGGAGUUACACGAGAUGACUGAGGAAUGAGGAAUGAGCACCAAAUCAUCUCGGGCAUUAAAAGUCAAGGUGUAUGUAUUCUUCUGACAGAACAACUAUAAAUUUGUAUGAAGGCAUGGAUGUACCUUCAAUAGAGAAAUGUAACCCUAGAAGCAUCGAAGAAAUGAAAAACCGCUCUUCAUCA